AUGACGUAUUAUAAAUUAUUUCACUUGGAGUUUAUAUCGUGUCUUAUUUUUGUGAAUUUCGUUGUUUGUGCUACUGAGUACAUUACGAAUAACACUAUCACUGUUGCUGAAGGAACAGAUGUGUAUAUGCAUUUGGAUCUUUAUUUUACUCGUAAGCCUACGACUUGCUGGCUGUGUGGACCCGAUGACAAGGCAUAUACUCAAUUCGAACCCAAUACAAAAUACAUGGGUUACUGCGGAUUUUUAGUCAGAGAUAUUGAUAUCAGUCAGACCGGGAAAUGGUCGAUUAUGAAUGGUGGUAUAAUAAGAUCAUUUCAGAUUCAUGUCAGAGAGUCACCAGUGACAGUAUCAGUGAACGGCGCUCGACUGUCGACUACAGAGAAACGAUUAAAAAUCGAAACAGCAAAUAAAAUGUAUUUUGCGACAUAUUAUUAUCGGGAGGGUGAUAAAGUGGAUGUUGUCUGUAUAAGUCUAGCAGUGAACAACAUUGUUAAAAAACAUUAUGUCCAUUUAAAAUAUAGUUACGCCGAAGCACUACACUAUGUUUACAAAACAUUUUCAUCGUAUACCCGAACUGGAUUUCGGACCACACUGCAGGCUGCUCACAACAAUAGCUUUAUGUCGUGCAAAUGUGCGCAUUUAGAAUCUUAUACCACAUAUAAAACAGUUCAAAUCACGUUUCUAUUACAUAGCGCAUUAGAUGCGAAGCCGAAGACAGCAAAUAUUCGAAAUAAAGAAGCCACUGGUUUAACAAAUAUUAUCAAAAUUCAAUUCGGCUCUUCAAGUAAUUGGGAAGACACCAUACCAUUGCAACUAAAUUUACCAGAGAACAAACAAUUAUUCCAAAUGUACGCUUUGGGUAAAAAACAAAUAAUUUAUUAUGAGUACGAAGAAGACGAGCGCUUGACUGCAAAUUGCAGUACAUCAUCGGAGAUCAUGCAUAUAUACCACUAUUAUUUAAACUUUAAUAGAGAAGCCUCUUAUUCUACCCCCUAUGUCACGUUAGACAAGCGAUUGAGUCCAGCUGAUAACAAUACGAUAGUUCGAUGUUAUCUUUUACAAACUAUUAAAGGGGCAUUUCAGCCAAAAAUUAUAAGAAAAAUUAGUCUGUUCCUUCGGAUGAGUUCGCCUAGGAAAGUGACGAAGAUUAUGACUGAAGCCAGUGAGAAAAAAGAAUUUAAAAUGUGGAUAAUAUAUCUGGCAGUCGGCGUUGUGAUAUGCUUUCUAAUCUGUUCCUCCAUCUUAAUAUACAAAAUGAAGAAAAGGAAGUGUAACGAACAGGGAAAGACUGCCAAUUGUUCUAACAGAGAUAGCAGAGGUAGCACAUUAAGGAAAGUUACCUCUUCUAACUAUGAAGUACAUUACUCUGUUCCCAAUCAUCAGAGAGUCAAUCUUUCAGACUAUGAAAACAUAAACUAUGAUCCCAAAACAGAUCUUACUUAUGCCGUUCUAGACUUAUCCACCCCUGAUGAACCAUCAAACAAACUUGACACUGAAAGAGUAAUUUAUGCCGAAAUAAAUCAUAAUGUCGGGUGA